GUGAAGUAAUCCUCGAAGGAACUAGACUGUUAUUUGCGCUGGUUCAUGGCUUUCCUUUUAAUUUCGCAUAAGUAGGCACUAAUUACGUCGCUUGAUAGGUCGCAACAAUUAUCUUGUGUGAAUUUUGCUUCUUUAUGAAGAUUAGCUUUACAUAUGAUGAAUAAUUCGCACGUUAUACGUUCUAAACAUGGUACUUUUUACCAGUAUGAUCCAGCUUGGCUUGAGACACAUGUUAAUGAGCCAGCGAUAAGUAAUGAGGUACGAGAAAUACAGCACUUGGCGAGCGCAAUAACAGGAAACAGCAGAAUAGUUUGGCUACUGAAGGCGAUAAGUUUCAUCGACUUGACUAGUUUGAAUGGCAAUGAUACUAGCACUGUCAUAGAACGCUUAUGUAAGAAGGCUGCACAACCUGUGCCAAAAGUUCCAUUCAAAUGGGAAAAACCUAUUUACACGGCAGCUGUUUGUGUUUAUCCAUCCAGAGUGAUGGAUGCAGUAAACACUUUAAAAAGCAUAAAUAAAACUGAUAUUAUUAAGGUGGCUAGUGUGGCUGCUGGGUUUCCUUCUGGACAAUAUCCCUUGCAGUCUCGGCUGGAAGAAGUACGCUGUGCCAUUGAUUAUGGAGCAAAGGAGAUAGAUAUUGUGAUUGAUCGAUCAUUGGUCUUGGAUGGCAAAUGGGAACAGCUGUACGAUGAACUGGUAGCCAUUCGCCAAGUGUGCGAUGAGAAAAAGAAAAUAUGCCUGAAAACUAUACUUUCAACAGGCGAGUUGGGUAACUUGACGAAUGUAUACAAAGCAGCUAUGAUAGCUAUGAUGGCUGGUGCUGAUUUCAUCAAAACAUCGACGGGGAAAGAGGCUGUUAAUGCAACCUUGCCCGUGGGUAUUGUCAUGUGUCAAGCGAUAAAAGAAUUUGCAAGACUGACUAAGAAAGAGAUUGGCUUUAAACCUGCUGGAGGCAUCAAGACCGCGCAAGAUGCUCUAGAAUGGAUGACUUUGAUGAAGAAAAAAUUAGGGAUUGAUUGGUUGAUAAAUACUCGUUUCAGAAUUGGCGCAUCUAGUUUGCUUGACGAUGUUGCCAGAGAGAUUGAGGCACACAAGUGUGAAGAGUUGGACAGUAAAGAAUUAUCUUGAAGAACGAAAAGUCUAUAAGCUGCGGAGGACGCAUCAUCAGUGGUUGUCGCGGCGCCCAUGUUUCUAAAUAUAUCGGUCAACUAAAUGCCACAUAAUCGAUAUAUUAAAUACAUAUUGUUAAACACAAAAAAUACGAGAAGUUUUUGUAAUUGUUUUCUCUUUAAAAUUUGAUGUUAUUUUACGAUGUUUUUACAUUUCUGUAAUGAUAUAACAAAUAUAUCUAUUUUAUUU